AUGGUUUAGUCGCUAAAGCUUCGAAUUUUUUUUAGAGGGAAACUCAUUAAUAUAUCGGCGCCUUAUUUUUCUUCUGUUUCACACACACACCAACAUACAGAGCACUCGAUGCCAAACCUCAACACCACUGACCAUCGCCGAUCAUCACCAUCGCUGGCCACCGGCGCUCGCCACCACGACCACUGAUUACAGCAGGAUCAAGUGAAGAUAGAUGGACUUGCAUGUGCAGUGCAGAUAGUUUACCUGAAGUAGCAGCUGGCAAUCUCAAACAUUAUACAUAAAAGACACAUGACAACAGUCUCAAGCAAAAUAUACCAGGACUAAAAUUAUUGUGGUUGUUGAAAGAUAGCGCUUUAGCAUAGCUAGUUUACCAGACACUCCCCAUAAAAUCCUCUGCGUAAACAAACUUUGAAAACCUUAUCCAGCAAUUUUGUAAAUAAGUUCAGCUAGAAAGAAUGGUUGGUUGUGAGUCUUGCCAGAAUGAGUUGUGAGCCAAUAAAUGAUGCUAGAAGGAGACCCAUAACACUCUUGGCAUAGAAUUUGUUGUCAUUGUUUUGAUCUUGCUCAAUUCUUGCAUAAAUGGAAAAGUGAACCAGAUCGUCUCUUCAAAGGUGAUUAUUACUGGUUAUGUGGAAGUUCUUAGUAGGAUGGUAAGAUGAUGAAUCAAGGGAAUUAAGCUUGGUUGACUGGGGGCUUGAUUGUGAUUGCAGAAAAGAUGCUCACGUCAAGCUUAAUACAUUGGCUGCUUAAUCUGCUUAAUCAUGGUACCAUGGUUCCUGGAAUGAAGACGGGGCGGCGGAAGACAGCAACAAGUGGUAACCUAUUAUCAGCCUCCGAAGCAUGUCCAGCAGUUAUUGGCACCCCGUUGACGUUAUCUGAUGAGACGCAGCCACCAGAUGAUACACAAACAGUGGUGGAGGAGACGCAGCCAGGUGGCGUGGGGCGAAAAAGGUCGACUCGUGUACGAGGACGUACAUUAGGCAAAAGAGUGCAAAAAAGAAUAGUUAGGAAAAAAGGAGAGAAAUUACAUGUGUAUGUCAAUCGUGUGUUGAACGCAAUCACAGGAGGGAAUGCAACCCCAGCGACAAAUGAGUUGGGAUUGCAAAUUAGACGAUUGUGCCCUCUUCGGAGCGUGAAGUCAUGGAGAAAAAUCGAUCAAAGUACCAAAGAUGCGGUCAUCCAAGCGGUGCUAGACAAGUUUGUUAUCGGCGAUGAUUUUGAUAAUGAUGAACAAGCUCAACAAAUCCUCGAUAGGAAGGCAUAUUUGCUAUACAAGGAUUGGAGGUACAAUCUAAAGCAAGAGUUCCUCGAACUUGAGGAAAGGGGUGUUGAUGACCCCUAUAGUCAUCCGCCUAGUGGAGUGAGCUUGGACGACUGGAAAUAUCUUAUUGAUGUUGCUUGGAAAGACGAAUCUCACUUGAAACGCUCUAAAGCUGGUAAAGCAAAUAGGGCUAUGCUCCCGUACAAUCAUACAAGUGGAUCGCGAUCAUUUCCUAUAGCAAUGUCGCUUAUGGCAAAUGAGGAUGGACAAAUAGAUUUCCCUGAAUUUUAUAAGAAAUCACACAAGUCCAAGAAGACGGGAGACUGGAUUGACCCCAAAUGUGGUGAGCUACAUGAUGAUAUGGUCAAUCUACAAGUCGUAGCCACCGAUGCGGGGUUGCCAUUGACCCACGAAGAACUAUCAAGGCAAGUGCUCGGGGCAAAAAAAAAUUACUUGCGUGGAUGUGGGAUAGGCCCACAACCCUCUUCAACAGCUUCGAAUGUGGCACGAGCACGUGACAAACAUAUGGAGUCAAUGAGAACGGAAUUGGAGGCUCUUCGUGAGGAGCGUGAAAGAGAUCACGAGGAGUUGCUGAAGGAGAAAGAGGAGCGGCAAAGAGAUCACGAGGAGUUGCUAAAGGAGAAAGAGGAGCGGCAAAGAGAUAGGGAGGAAAUUAUGAGGGAAAGAAAGGAGCUGAUGAAACAAAUUGAAGAGGAAAAAAAAGCACGGGAGGCACAACAAGUACAACUCAAUCAUUUGAACGACGUGGUGUCACGACUGACAACCCUCUUGCAGGGUUCAGAUGGUCAUCCUACAAUUCCUUAUAAAUAUAUAUGUUAUAUAAGCAUCUCUAUAUAUUUAGUUUCAUGA